AAUAUGUAAUUUAGUAUUUUUUUACUACAAUUUGUAACUUCAUUCAAAUAUUUAUAUUUUAUAUAUAAAAUAAAGUUGCAAGAAACGGGAUUAGUUAAUAUUUGACUUGUGACAAAAAAAAACAAAAAUCACACGAAAUCACAAACGCAAUAAAUUGUUAGGAAAAUGAAAAUGCUUUCACUGAUGCGUAAAUGGUCCCAUAUGCCCUCAAGCAUCCCGGCAAGUGUCAGCGCCUGCUGUAUCAAUACAACAAAUGCAACUUAUUUCCAGCGCACCUAUUCAAAGACCUCGGGGACUGUAGAAGAUGGCACUCACAAUUCUGAGCUAUCUGCCAUUCACGCUGCUCGUCGAAAAAAUUUCGGUGGAUCGAUACGCGCUUUAUCAACAUUGGAGAGUCAUCAUCAUCCUUCAAGUGCAACUUGCUUGAAAAUGACGAAAGAUCAGAUCCGUGAAUUUAUGGCCGUCUAUCCAGAUAUUUUGCGUGAUCUUACUGCGUUAGCUGAUAAGUACGAUAGCAAAGAGGCAGCGGAAUGGUUUAAAAAGGCGCUGGAGUAUAAUUUGUCACUUACCAAUACAAAAAAUGGUCUAAUCACCGUUGUGACUUACAAAAGCUUAGUCAAGGGCGAUGAACUCACUGCCGAAAAAUUGAAAUUGGCUCUCAUACUGGGCUGGUGUAUUGAACUGCUGCAUUGCGCUCUCUUCAUUACCGAUGAUAUCGUGGACAACAGCACCAGACGUCGUGGCCAGCCAUGUUGGUAUAAAUUGGAAGACGUUGGCCUCAAUGCUGUCAACGAUGCGUUAAUAAUGGAAAAUGGCGUCUAUGAACUAUUGAACAAACAUUUUCGCCACUUGGACUGCUAUGUGCAUCUGAUGGAAUUGUUUCAUCACAACACCUUCAAAUGUAUGGGUGGACAGUCAUUGGAUAUGCUCAUUAGCAAACAGAAUAUCAGCACUUUCACUAUGGACACAUACAAUUCGAUCGUUGCGACUAAAACUUCUUGCAAUUUUCUCUACUUACCCGUAGCGCUGGGUUUGAGUUUGGCUGGAGUUAAAGACCAGAAAGUUUACGAUGAAUGCAAGGCGAUUACAUUUGAGGUGGGUGAUUACAGCCAAGCACAAAAUGAUUAUCUCGAUAGUUUUGGUAAUCCAGACUUCACUGGCAAAAUUGGCACAGACAUACAGACCAAUAAGUGCUCCUGGUUGGCGGUGAUGUGCAUGGAAUUGGCAAACCCGGAACAAAAGGCUAUCAUGGAGGAGUGUUACGGACAAAAUGAUCCAAAGAAGACUGCACGAGUUCAACAACUCUACGAGGAUAUGGACAUGCCCAGAAUCUAUGCCAAAUACGAAGAAGAAACAUACAACAGGAUUAAGAUGCGUAUUGAGAAUACAUCGGAGGAGGCGCUGCGUGAAGUUUUCUUGGAAAUACUAAACUUUGUCACUCUAAGAGGCAUCAAAUAAGCAGAACUGGCUUCGGCAAAAGAAAGGAAAUAAUUCCAUUAGGAGUAAAAAAUUAAAUUUUCUAUAUGUAAGAAUUUUACAUAAGUUGACACAUGGCAUUAUAUUUUUUCGAGAAAGUGGGAUUUCAUA